UCUUGCUAGGAAAGACAGGAAGGAAGCCCAACGAAGUCACACGUCGCUCAUGCAUACACAGACACCCUAGAUCACCCUAGAGCACCGAAUUACGUACCUUUUCCCCACCGAGAGUGCAGUGUGCGUUGUGUUGUGGUUCAGUCGAACAGUUAAAACCUUUGCACGAUUGCAAUUUCCAUUCAUUCCACAAACCGUCUUACUUAAGAACCGCAGUACUGGUGGGACCAACGCGGUCGUGUUUCGAGCCGUAGGUUUUCAGUUACUUUUCACAUUCCAUCACUUGUGGUAGAUUUAACGUGGUAGCAAGGGCUUUCGGUUCGUACAUGGAUUGAUAAUUUUUACUAGACCCUUCCCGUUCAACAUUGGGAAGCUCAGUUGUAUUCGCUCAACAGUUGCUAAUUACAGUGAAGAAGUACGUCUUCGAGGGAAACGCUGCCUACUGUGGUGAAGCGUUGCAUGAGCAGUGGUUUUCUGUUUUAAUCAACAAAUCAACGAAGAAUCACCGCAGAAGAUGGAUUUCGACGAAUAUCGAGUGCGAGGCAAGGAGAUGGUGGACUACAUCGCGGACUAUCUGCAGAACAUUCGCGAGCGGCGUGUCCUGCCGGACGUUCAGCCCGGGUACAUGCGCAGCCUGAUACCGGAGUCGGCCCCGCUCGAGGGCGAGCGCUGGGAGAACAUCUUCGCGGACGUCGAGCGCGUCAUCAUGCCGGGCAUUACGCACUGGCAGAGCCCGCACAUGCAUGCCUACUUUCCGGCGCUUAACUCGUUCCCUUCGCUGCUCGGCGAUAUGUUGGCCGAUGCUAUCAACUGUCUUGGAUUUACUUGGGCAUCAUCGCCCGCCUGCACCGAGCUGGAGUCGAUUGUGAUGAAUUGGCUGGGCAAGAUGAUUGGAUUGCCGGACUCGUUUCUGCAUCUGCCCGGCACUAGCAUGGGCGGCGGUGUGAUUCAAACGACCGCCAGCGAGGCAACGCUCGUGUGUCUGCUGGCUGGGCGGACGAUGGCCAUUACGCGGUUUCACGAGCAUACGCCCGGGCUGCAGGAUGCGGAAAUCAACGCCCGGCUGGUGGCGUACUGCUCCGACCAGGCACACUCCAGCGUGGAGAAGGCGGCCCUAAUCGGCUUAGUCCGGAUGCGAUUCAUCGAGUCGGACGAUCAACUCAGCCUCCGCGGCGAUGCCUUGCGCGAGGCAAUCGAGGAGGACAUCAAGCAAGGGCUGAUACCGUUCUGGGUGUGUGCCACGCUCGGUACCACCGGGGCGUGCGCCUUCGACCAUCUGAACGAGAUCAGCGAGGUGUGCGCACGCUACAACAUCUGGCUGCACGUGGACGCGGCCUACGCCGGCAGUGCGUUCAUCUGUCCCGAGUUUCGGGUGUGGCUGAAGGGCAUCGAGAAAGCGGACUCGAUCGCGUUCAAUCCCUCCAAGUGGCUAAUGGUGCACUUUGACUGCACCGCGAUGUGGCUCAAGAACAGUGGGGCCCUGCACCGAACCUUUAACGUGGCUCCGCUGUAUCUGCAGCACGAAAACUCGGGCCUCUCCAUCGACUACAUGCACUGGCAGAUACCGCUGAGCAAGCGGUUCCGGGCGCUAAAGCUUUGGUUCGUGCUGCGCAGCUUCGGCACCCGGGGACUACAGAAGCACAUUCGCGAGGGCGUCCGGCUGGCGCAAAAGUUCGAGGCACUCAUCCUGGCAGACCAUCGGUUCGAAAUUCCGGCCACGCGCCAUCUGGGCAUGGUCGUGUUCCGGAUCAAGGGCGAGAACGAGCUGACGGAGAAGCUGCUGAAGCGACUGAACCAACGCGGACACAUGCACGCCGUGCCGGCCUCGCUUAAGGGUCGCUACGUUAUCCGUUUCACCGUCACUUCGACGUACACUACGAACGACGACAUUCUGUCGGACUGGAACGAGAUUCGCACCGUUACGACGGAGCUGCUGAGCGAGCUGAACAUACAGCAGGUCGAUAAGCAGCGUGUAUCGUUGAAGGAUACGCGCGAAAAGAACGAAGCGUUCGGAUCGAGCCUUCUGCUCGCCAACUCGCCGAUGUCGCCGAAGAUCGUGAACGGCUCGUUUGCGGCCAUCUUCGAUGCGGACGAGUUCCUGGCGAAGGUGUACGCCGGCAUACGCAUCUCGAACCAGGACUCACCGGCGAUGAGACGGCGCGUCCGGGGCAUCCUCAUGUCCGGCAAGCAGUUUUCGCUCGACUCGCGUAUGGAUCUGGUCGUGCACGGGAUCGGUCCGGGUGAGGUGCGCAACGGCAUCGAGUCGAAGGCCAUUACCGAGGACCUGGAGGAGGUCUGGGAAGCUUGUGAGCAGAUGGAGCUUUCCGACCAAGAGAACACACCGGAAGACAGUACCCUCCAUCUACAGCGUCACCGAUCCCCCUCUCCCCAACCACCACAUUUCAUCGAACCUCUCCCGAUACUGCCUGUCGUCGGCCCGUCCCGGGGCCGCUCACAAAGUGUGGACACCGGCAUUCUUCGUGUCCGUGCUAAUGCCCCCGACGCCAGCUGGUUGUUGGAGCGCGAGGAAGCCCUAACCCGCUCCGAGCCGUGCGCCUCGACCGACUCCCUCACCAGCGCGCCCUCACUCUCCUCCCCAACACCCAUUCCUCCUCCUACUCCACCACCCAUCACAGCCACCCCUAAAGUGUCCUGCGAGUCCCAGCUCGACAGUAUCGACGAAAACCGGCCCUCGGAGAACUUCCCGCGCAGCAAGCGACGCUGCUCGGACAAUUCGCACCUCUUCUCCCUUACCCGGCCCAACGUGUACCCCGAGAAGCGUCAGUCCGAACCGGCCAUUCGGUGUGCCUUCUACAACCGUGGCUUCGAGAUGCUCUGUACACCGCGCCCACCACCACCGAAGCGGGUGCUCUCCCAGAACGAUUUACCCCGGGCGCGCCACCUGCGACGACAAAUAUCGACCGUAUCGGAGUUGAACCUUACCGAUCCGGACGACGACUGGCGUCGGGCGAAACUGCUGGUCCCACCGUUUCGCUACUGUAUUGCGGACGAAUCUGGCCAUUGCAUCGAUUUCGACACGAUUCUGCCCUGUCCGGUAGCAUCGAUCGACGAUGAGGCAAUUUUGCGCGAUGCGUUGCGGUUCGAGGAGAACUUUGUAGAGCGCUGUGAGCAGAUCUGUCCCGAGCCGGAUGCGCUCUGUCUGGAGACGAUCGAGGAGCGGGUGCUGGACGAGCUGACCUCUUCCGGGGGUGCCAGUGGGGGUGGAUCCAGUUCAGACGAUGAGCAGCAAGGCGAGGAAGUUAUCUACGAGAAUGUGAAGCAUUGCAGGAAGUGUGGACAUCAAAGGAUUAAAUUAUAAUACAGAGCGAGUGAUGGGAGAGGCACACUGAUGGGUUCUCGAAAUGGGUCUUUGGGAGAUAAAUUGCUUCAUAUGGAAGGUUAUAGGCAGCUUUUAAGUGAGCGGUAGCAACUAUUCAACUGUUAGUUGUGUGUGCCAAAGAAGACUCUUUAGAUGAAAACGGUAGUUUAACAGGAUUUUGUUGCUUCAUUGAAAGUUGGUGAGGUUACAGCCAUUUUCAGAAAUAUGUUAAGUCACAAGACUUUGUACUUUAUGAAUCCUUCGUGGCCAUUUUUGAUUGAUCGAUUGAUUGAUUGAUUGAUUUAAUUUCCAUUCAUAAGGCGAAAUGCAUACGAUGUAUUCUAUUAUUUAUCAUAUUUUAAUUUUUAUUUAUUUUGCAUUUUAUUUUGUUUCAAGAGAUUAGUAAAUGUAUUUUUCAGCCUGUGAGGAGUAUCAUAAUGCUUUUAUUUAUAUAAAAAAAGAAUAAUACAUAGCACGUACUAUGUAGAAUAUUAUCAUGGAGCAGAGCAUUUGAAAUCGUUGUUUAUGGUUAAAUUUCGAUGUUUACAGACUAUCUACAUUGAUUUUGCUUUUAAAUUAGUGUAAACUAUACAUGGUCAAGAGCAAGCAUUACCAACAAUAUAAAAAAGAACAGAUACAAAUCUGCAAAUGUAAUAGGCUCUUUGAACAACAAAUGUUUAUUUAUGAAUUUAAUGAAAAAUACAAUCCAUAAAAUCUAUGCAGCAUAUUCUAAAGGAGUGUAUAGCCCAAGAAGACAAGAAAUGUUCAGAAAGUAUACAAAGAUAUUUUUGUUACCGUAAUAUUGAUGUUGUCGCUAGAUACAGAACCUAUUAACUAGGCACUUUUACUGUUGAUAAUCAAUAGUUUAAACUAGAUCUACUGUAAACUACAAUCAAUUCAAUCGGUUGACAUUUGUUAGAAAGGUUUUACGUUAUUGAUUAUCGACUGUUACAUUUCAUUUAUUCACUACUUCAUAUGAAAUGGUAUUUCAAAGAUAGUGUGCCCAAACAUAAAAUAUCAUUCAAAAAAACAUAGCAGCUCCCACUCUUAGCGUAUACCGUAUGAUAUUGGUGUCUAAACAGCUAUAGAACAGUUUUCACGUCAAUCGUAAUAUGUAAGAAAUCGUACAUGCAAGCUUGCUAUGUAUUAUCGAAUGGCAUAAUAGCUGAAUUCAGCAACAGAUGCACCAAUAGCUUAGCCAACUCACAAAUCUGCUGUGUAUGUCAAUAAUAAAACUAUCAAAUACAAUGCUCCAUCCAAUAUUAAUCGAUAAUCUGCAUCCAAAUGAAAAAAAAAAAUGCGCAGGAAAUUAAGUGUAAAAAUCCUACCAAGCUAAACCAAGCGCUAUCGAGAGAGCAAAUGUACUAGAGCAACCUAUCAGUCGUCGGCAUUUAAACAACGUGCAAUAAAUCAAACAUAGUA